AUGGAAGAUAUUAUAAAUGAAUACCUGCAGCAAGUUAAGCUCUUGGAAGAGGUCGAAAGAUUAUUAUUUUCUGCUACAAGUACAGUUGAUUUAUCCACUGUAAUACGAUGGAACCAUCAAUUUCUUUUAACAUUAAAGACAUUUCGUAAAGUUUUGAGUAAUAAAAAGCUUACCGUUCAAGAACGACAAAGCAUUAUAUGUACAAUCGGAAAAAUAGAAUGUAUGAGAGCAAGACUUGAAAUUAUGACUAGAAGAAAAAGCGGUGCUGAAGUACAAGUAAAUAAACAAAAUACUGUCACUGAUCGCGUGCGUUGGAUUGAUAUGGAUAACGCCUUUGAAAACCGCAUGAGGACUGCUGUUAUAGCAAAUUUGACACAUAUUGAUAUAAUUAAUUUCCUACGAGACUCUGCAAUAUUAUUUUCACGAAGAAUAAAAAGUAUGAUGUACUCAAAUGAUAAAACUUUUAAAAUUAACACUGUUUUAUCAUGUAAAUUUACAAAAACAUGUGUAGAGAAUAAUGAAAAUGUCAAAGAAAAAGAAGGAGAGUACAUUGAGACUAAAUAUUUCAACACGAAAAAUCAUGAAAUUUUAUCUACAACAUUGUUAAACAAUUGGUUCAAGUCUAAUGUUAUUGAACCUCUACUCACAGAUAUUGAAGAAUUUCAAGAACGUGAUUCUGGUUGGACUCUACAUUCUAUUGAAAACAUACAGAUAAAUAUAAAUAAAUUUAAUCCAAUGCGUGCCGGUAGCUCUUAUAUACCAUUACCAGCAUUCAUAGAGAAAAGGAAAGCAUGCAUAAAUGUUAAAAAUUAUGAUAACAAAUGCUUUAUAUGGGCAAUUUUAUCUGCAUUAUAUCCAGUAAAACAUGGAAAUCAUUCUAAUAUAUUGAAUAGUUAUAUUCAGUAUGAAAACAUUUUAAAUAUGAAAGGUAUUGAGUUGCCAGUAUCAUUGAAAAGUAUCCCAAAAGUUGAAAAGCAAAAUAAUGCAAUAUCAAUAAAUAUGUUUGGUUUAGAUAACAAAGAUAUUACACCUCUCUAUUUAACAUCAUGUAAAAAGAGUAAUCAUAUCAAUCUUCUUUUACUCACAAAUGAUAAUUUAGAUGGUGGUGAUGUUGAUGAAAGUGAUGAGUUUUUAUCUCAAUCACAUUAUGUAUACAUUAAAAGUCUGUCACGUUUAAUCAGUAAUAAUUUGACAAAUAGAAAAAAGAAACUCUAUGUUUGCAAUAGAUGUUUAAAUUUUUUUUAUAAAGAAGAUGACUUAAUAAAGCAUGAAGAGCAUUGCAAAAUAUUAAAUAAAUGUAGAAUUACACUGCCUAAUGAAGAAAAUAGUUUGAUAAUGUUUAAAAAUCAUCGCUACAAUGAAAAGUUACCUUUCAUAAUCUAUGCAGACUGUGAAUGUUUGUUAAAACCAAUAAGUCAAGAUGAAAAAACAAACACGCAACCAAUACAAAGUCAUGAAAUUUAUAGUAUAGGUUACUAUCUGAAAUGUAGUUACAACGAUUCACUAUCAAAAUAUGCCUUUUAUAGAGGACCUGAAGCGUCAAAAUGGUUUGCUGAACAGUUAAGAAACAUAGAAAAACAAAUAAGUGAUUUAUAUGCGAACCCUUUACCUAUGCCAGUUCUAUCUCAGACUGAGUUAAUAGGUUAUUAUGAUUCAAAAACGUGUCAUAUUUGUAAAAAAUUGUUGAAUGAUGAUGCAAAGGUGCGUGAUCACUGUCAUCUCACUGGAAAAUAUCGAGGACCUGCACAUGCUACCUGCAAUCUAAACUAUCAAGAUUCAAAAAUAGUUCCAGUUGUGUUUCAUAAUUUAUGUGGUUAUGAUGCACACUUUAUUAUUACUGAUGUAUCAAACAAUUUUCCAGGACAGAUUGAUUUACUACCUCUGACAACAGAAAAAUAUAUUUCAUUUACGAAGCAUGUAGAAAACAGCAAAAUUAAGGUAAGAUUUUUAUAUUCAUUUAGAUUUAUGCCUACAUCACUUGAAAAAUUAGCAUCAUAUCUUCAAGAUGAUUCAAUUGUUAAUAAAGAAUUUAGUGAUCUGAGUACGACACAAAUAAACUUGCUAACAAGAAAAGGUGUUUUACCCUAUAAGUAUAUAAGCUCAUGGGAAAAACUAGAAGAGUGUAAGUUGCCUGAAAAAGAGGAUUUUUUCAGCAUUCUCAAUGACUCAUCGAUAUCUGAUCGAGAUUAUGAGCAUGCACAAAAUGUAUGGAGUACAUUUAAUAUACAAACACUUGGCGAGUACUCAGAUCUUUAUAUGAAGACUGAUGUUUUGCUGUUAGCAGACGUUUUCGAAAAUUUUCGAGAUCAGAGCAUGAAUGUUUAUAAUCUAGAUCCUGCUCAUUAUUACACUACUCCAGGCUUUUCCUGGGACGCUAUGCUCAAACAUACAGGUGUACAAUUAAAACUUCUAACAGACAUUGACAUGGUACUUUUUAUAGAACGAGGAAUUCGAGGUGGUUUGAGUCAGUGCUCUAAUCGGUAUGCAGUAGCUAAUCAUAAGUACAUGCUUGAAAAGUAUGAUAAAGAUAAAGCAAAUGAAUACUUGAUUUAUUUAGAUGCAAAUAAUUUAUACGGAUUUGGGCUUUCACAGUGUCUUCCGUAUGAUGAAUUUCAGUGGCUUGAAAAUUGUGAAAGUUUUGAAUUGUUUUCCAUCGCAUCAGGCGCUUCUCAUGGUUAUAUUUUAGAAGUAGAUUUAGAUUAUCCUCCUGAAAUACACGAUGAUCAUAAUGAUUUACCAUUCUGUCCAGAACAUGCAAAACCUCCGGGACCUAAGCAGGAAAAACUUUUAGCUACACUUCAACCUAAAUUCAUUAUAUUGCUCUGCAACAAGCUCUUUCAAACGGUCUUCGACUCGUUAAAAUACAUAAAAUUCUAA